AUGGCUAGACUGUGCUCUCAGCUGACUGUGGAUGACUGGGAAUGGGUGAUUUGGUCAUAUAAGACCAUAGCUCACCCUAGCCCUCAACCCAGCACCCUUGAGGUGGAAACCCACCAGAUAAGAGUGGGCACCAGUAUUUAUGGGGAUUACUCUGAGAAAAUGGCCCAGAUGGACCAGGAGGAUGGUUUCAUGAGUUGGGGUAGAAGAGGGAGCCUUGAUGGUCCCAAUUCAUUGUUUGGCAUUGUUUACCAUGUGAUAUACCAUGUAAGCAUUAAAAGCCAAGAGAUGUCUCUCACUCCCUACCUUGCCUCUACCAAUACUCAACACAAGCACAUCUGGCAAGUACUGAUUGAACUUUUUAAUGUUCUUGGAUCAAACAUCAUGGAACUAGCAGCACCUGUGGGAGAAGUAGAUGAGGGAGCCAAGCAUGCUGACUGCACAAUGGAGGAGACCACUGCACUCAUCAAGUACUUGCAUGUACAUCGCUCAGAACAUGCUGACACUGGGAACUUCCACCAAGUGACAUAUGUCAAUGCUGCAGAGCACAUUUGCCCCCUCCAUCAGACUGGUAAGAUCAAGGAUUACAAAAAUGUGUUGCUCAAAUGGGGAUCAAUCAAACAAAUAUACAAUGCAAUAAUGACUUAUUGCAGAGGAUCAGGAGAACAUUGGGACAAUGAAAAUGGUGCAAAUAUCUGUGGAGCAGCUGACAUGGAAAAAUGGGGCAAGUUUGUUGCCAUCAAGGCAUGUAUUUGGCCCUUCUGUAACAAGGGCUGGGAGUACCUCCAGUUCAUGGAGGAUAUUUUUCCACAGGGUGGCACAACUGGUGCUCAUGUUUUCCAUGCUGGGAUGUCAAACCCCACCCCUACCAUGACUAUUGGCAGUACCACUUCCAUUCCUUCCAUCCCCCCCACUGCUGCCACAUCAGCCAAAAUUUCCGACCCUGCUACUGCAUCCACUUCAGCUGGAAAGCACUCGUUUUUGCAACAGAAUCCCCCUCUGGGCCCUCCCUUCUAUUCUCAACAAACCAGCUUCCCCAGUCAACUCCAGUCUCAUCCAUUCAUGACAUAA